UACAGGAACACAGCGUAGAACAGAGCUUGCUAGCACAGAAAUCAGUGACUUUCAGCCAAAUCCAUUUGGAGGAGGGGAGCCUAGAGCCAGGGCUCUGACCCUCCCCAUGCGCCCCACGCCAGCCGAGACUGUUGCUUCUCCUCCAGCCUUUGUUUUGCUUCCUGGGCCAAGAGUCACCUGGUCUCAUCCCCAUGAAAAUCCCCAUAUUAUCACACCCCCCACCCAAUGCUUCCCCAGGCUUUUGUCUCCUGUGCUGGUGAGAGGCAGGGAAGUCCAUCUCCCUCUGGGGCAAUGCUUGCUAAGUGUCAAUGUCUGGGAAAUUGGAUCUGCCCUUGUAUUCUCAAAUUUAGCAUUGAUAUGGGACCUAAGACCCAGAUAGUCAGGCGACACCCAGAUCUAGGUCUCUCCAUCUCCCCUGAGAGCAAACUGCCCCUUUCCACCCAGUAGGUGGUAAUGCCACAUAGAGGGGAAACUGAGGCACAACCAGGACUCUAAAAACGAUACAGAAAAUUUCCACUUCAUCCCAACCAUCUCCUGGCCCCAAGCCUCUGGACUGAGGCCCUCCUGCUUUGCCCCAUGACCUCUGCCCGAGUGCAGCUGAGACAGAUGCCUGGGAGAGACUUGUCCCCUCUGCCGGGACUAAAGCAGCCAAGGAACCCCAGGAAGUGGUUUCAAACAGAGAUGGGUUCUUAGUCAGAUGCAGAGUACCUGGGCCAUCCUUCAGCCAGCACCGAGCCAGCAGGCUUCAGCAUUGCCCACGCUGGUCAUGCCAGGGCAGCCCACCAGCCUCGUCUUGGGCUCUGCUGCUCUGAUCCCUCCUUAGUCCCCAGAGAGAGCAACCAGCCUCUUCCAGAAGCCAGCUCUUUCUCCUCUCCUGGGCACAGCUCAGCCUGUUGUGCUUGUGGCAGGGCUACGGGCCAGUCUGGCUCUGGGGCCCCACAGGACCCUGCCUCACCCCAGCAGGGCGCUUGCUGCAGCUUAUGGGGAAGAAGCCAAAGAACCAAGCAUGAGCUGAACUGAUCCAAAGGCCUAGCCUGGGGGAAGCUCCUUCUGGGCUGAGGGGAGUGGGCAUGGUACUCCAAGCCCGCUAUGGACCUCCCCACACGUGCAGGUGGGCACUGGUGCAGCCUAGCUAGGGGAGCAAUGGGCCCCAUAAGAGGGCUGCUUGGGAUGGGCAGUCCCACAAAGGAGGCUUGCUUUGGGGCGAGGGCUGGGCAGAGCUUUCCUAGAGCUCUGGGAGUCAAGGAUCAGUAUGGGCCUGCCCCGCCCAAGCUUCCCCAUCAACCUGCCACCCAGCAGUCUCUGCAGGGAGCUGGGUGGGCCUGGAGCACAGGCAGGGGAGGAGAAGAAGGGCUCCUCACCCCAGGCUCAACCUGUGCUCAUGGGAGAAGAGUCGCUGUUGUGGGGAGACAGACCCCAGGGCUGGGCUGGGCUGGGGCAGGUCCCUGGGGUGGGUGGUGCAGACCUCGGGGCUGAGGAAAGCCCCUCGGGUGGGAGGUGCAGACCCCAGGGCUCGGCUGGACUGGGGGAGCCCCUGGGGCAGGGAGCACAGACCACUGAGCUUGGCUGGGUGUGGGGAGGCCCCCGGAGUGGGAGGUGCAGACCCCAGGGCUGUGCUGUGGGAUCCCCUGGGGCAGGAGACACAGACCCAAGGGCUCAGCUGGCCUGGAGCGGACUCCUGGGGUGAGAGGCGCAGACACCAGAGCUCGGCUGGGCUGGGGGAGGCCCCUGGGGGGGGCACAGACACCAGAGCUCAGCUGGGCUGGGGGAGGCUCAUGGGGCGGGAGGUGCAGACCCCAGGUUGAGGGCGGGUGCCCUGGCUGGGGCUGUCUCUGUGUGGGCGGGCGGUGUGUUCCUGAGCGCAGCUAGGGCCUGGGUGAAUGGGUGCUGCACUGGGCGCUGCCCAGCAUCCAUAGCAACAGCCUGGCAACCUGCUCUGGCUUCCCAAACAAGGGCAGGCAGAGCUGAGCUGAGCUGCAUCCAGUCUCUCAGAACUGCCUCUUGGGGAUGCAUGGGCACCAGUCCUUCCUGCUGCUCCUGGGCCUCUGUGCCACAGAGUCCCCGGGCGAUGCUCUGGAACUAUUCCAUACGAAGCCAGUCAGGACUCUGGGGGAGCCUUCUCUCUCUGAGCGUACUGUCUCCAGGACAAGAACCUCACACAGCUUCCACCUUCCUGGGUCUGACCUCAGAGCAUUCAGCAUCCUCUUCCACACCGUGCACUUCCCGCAGUGAGUCUGCCUGGGUGAGGCUCCUGGGGAAGCCAGAGAGCCCUGCACCCCACUCCACUGUCAGACGUGACUCUCAGCCAGCUGGUAAAACAGAAAGUUUAUUAGUCAACAGGAACACAGCAUAGAAGAGAACUUGUUAGCACAGAAAUCAGUGACUUUCAGCCAAGUCCAUCUUGUGGGAAGGGGAGCCCAGAGCCAGGGCUCUGGUCCUCCCCCUGUGCCCCAAGCCAUCAGAGACUGAUUUGCUUCCAGCUGCCUGGCCCCAGCUCUGCCCGUUGCUCCGCCUUUGUCUUGCUGCCCGGGCUAAGAGUCACCUGGUCGGAUCCCCAUCCUGGGUCUCAGGUUACGAAGGGCCAGCCAUAGCAUUAGUGCAAGCAGCUGGAAAAUCCCCUGCAAAAGUCAUACCCCCUUAUUCCCACCACCUAGACAUUGAUGCUAUACACAGGGAAACUGAGGCACGCACAGCAUUCAUGAAAAACAGUGAGACUCACAUAGGCUCACAUACUACAUAAUAAGGGAGAAUCCCCACUUCGUCACACCCUCUCCCUCCGCCACCUGGACUGUGCUCCCCCUACCCUCCACCCCCUCAGACAGUGCUUCCUGUCUCCCUCCGCCCUGCUAGACAGCUCUGCCCCCCUCCGCCCCGCCUAGACAGAGAUCUCCAUCCCUGCCUCUGGAUAGCACCUUCUCUGUCCCCCUUGGACAGUGCGCUCCCUCCCCCUUCCUUCCCUCUCGGUCUAGACAGUACUCCCCCUCCCCAUCGAUCCCCCUCGAACAGCACUCCCCCCUCUCCCUCCAUCCUCCUGGACAUGCUCCCUCUCCCCCUCUUUCCCCCUGGACAGCAGUCCCUCUCCCUCCCCCUCAGACCACACUCCCCAUCUCCCUCCACUCCCCUGGACAGAGCUCCCUCUCUUCCACCGCCUCCCUGGACAGUGCUCCCCCUCUCACUCUGAACCCCCCACAACCCCAGACAGCGCUAUCCCCUCUUCUCACUUGUCAUUAGCCGCACAGCCCACACAGGUGUGGGGUGGCGUGGCCCAGGCCCUGUCCGCGCAGGCACCCGUGGGUACAGGUGCAGCCACACACACCCAGCUGUCCCUGCUGCUCUGGGAGUUUCGUGGGUACCCGCUGUGGCGCGGGCUGGAUGGGCUCAUUCUGCACCUCUCUGUGCCAGUGCUGUCCGGCCUGCCCACCACAGUGAGCGUGAUGGAGAGUGCAGGACCGGGUACGAUCAUCGUGGAGUUCAACUUGACCUGCCAGAAUGAGAGCAGCGUCCCCACCCCUGCCCCUAUCCUGCAGAGCACCCCCCCCGACCUCCUUCUUUAACCAACCCACCGUCACCCGCCACACGAGCCCAACUGUCCACUACAGCGUGCAGAUCACGCUGAGCCCCAGUGCGGCGCUGGAUGCUCGGCAGGUCAAUCAGUACACACUGACCCUGGAGGCCACCUGCCCAGGGGAGACGCCUGCCAAUGGCCAGCUCUUCGUCCAGGUCCAUACGGUGGAUGGCCCCCCCCAGUGCAUGGCCAGGUUUGCUAGCCAAGUGGGGGAGCUGGUGCAAGUCCCAGAGGACGUGGCACCCCUGACGCCCAUCCACACCGUGGUCCUGCGGCGGCCGGCUAGCGGGCUGAGGUUCACCAUAGAAGACAAUGACACGCCCCUCACCAUCGACCACACCGGGCAGGUGCUGGCACCAGGAUCGGGCUUCAUCCCAGCCCAUGCCGGCCAGGCGUUCAGGCUGCAGAUCCUGGUGACUGACAGGAGCAGGAGAAACUGCAGUGGGGCCGUGACAGUGAGGGUGCUGCCCGUCCACCACCCCCGCAUCAACUUCACGGUGGAGUGGCGCAGCAUGGCCGUGCUGGAAAAGAGAGGUGCCAUGCAGCAAACGGCCCUGGGGCUCCCUCAUAACAUGGCGGGGCCAUGGCACAUCUCUGGGAUCCCCCAAUAUCGUGGUGGAGCCGUCGCCAUUGCCAUGUGUCUGCCCCCGCAUACUGUGGCAGGGCCGUGGCCAGGGGAGCUGUCUCUGCACCCCUCCAUAACGUGGCAAGGCCGUGGCUGGAGGGCAUCUCUGAGAUCUCCCAAUACCACUGUGGCAAGGCCGUGGCCAGGGACGUUUCUCUGCCCCACCCCAUAACAUGCCAGGGCCAUGGCCGCAGACAUGUCUCUGCCUCCCUCCUAACAUGGUGGGGCUGCGAAGCUGGCAAGUUUCCCUGAGGGCAGCCCUUCCAAUCAAUCCCUGUCCGUGCCUUGGGGUACUGAGGGCUGCAGAGGCCCCGUCCUGGUGCUGAGCAUGUGGUGGCACCCUCCUGUCCUUGGCAGUGACUGGCGAGCUCCGCAACACCUACCAACUGGACCUGCAGCGCUCCCCAGAGGUGGCACACUCCCAACUGCUGGUGCGGGCCUACAACAUGCUGCACCCCAGUGACAGCAACACCAUGGGCCUCAACAUCACUGGCCAGGUGCUCACUGCUCCCCACAGUUUCCCAGCGACAGUUGAAGGGGGAGCGGCUGUGGGAACCCUGGUGGGUGGAGGGCCCAGACCAGGCAGCCUCAGGGUCCCUCCAGGUGGUGAUGAGGCUGCAGGAGGCUGUGCUGGUGCUGUGCAGGGACGGGCUCUUCACGGCCUUGGGCCCCAGCCCACUCAGUGCACUGGCAGCCAGCUCCCCAGCUGUGACCAGAGACAGAGAGCAGCAUGGAGUCCCUCUGCCCCCGGCGGUGGGCUUGAGAGAAGCUGGGGGGAGGAGGGGAAACCAACAGCCCAUGGGCAUGGCGCCAUCCACAGACCUUUGGUGGAACCAAUAGAAACAUGGGUUACAGGCUGCUGCUGGCAUGGCCCUGCCAACACCCACUGGCAAUGGGGCUGCCCCUGGGAUGCCGCAGUGUUGGCCCUGCCCGUGCCCACCAGCAAUGCUCCAAUAAGCUUCUUUGACAGACUAGCCUCCUUCUAGUCUGGGUCCAGCAACCACGUACACCCCUGUAGUUACUGUCUUUUGUUCCAGUUUUUUUCAGGAAUCUCUUUGGGGUGGAGAAGCUAUAUUUUGAGCCAGCUGAAGUCAAAAUGGAGGGGUUUUCCAGGGGCUUAAAUAGACUCUCUCGUGGGUGGAAACCCCUUCUGCUCUCCUAUGUAAAAUACCCUCCACAGGAUGGAGUUUUGCAGUUGCAUGGGCAAGUCACAUGUCCAUGCAUGACUCAGGUUUUUAUAGGCCAACGCCACUUUCUCAGGAAAGCUCAGAUGUGGAUUGGUGUCUUUCAAAGUCCAUUGUCAGCUUAAGUGUUUCUUGACUGAGGAAUUACUGAGAAUAGUCUUUUCUCAAGAAGCUGACCAAAUACUUCCUUGGGGAGCAGGGCCCAAGGCGGAAGUGAUUAAUCGAUAUCAUCCGCGACGUCAUCACUUCUGGGAUUGACUGUGCCGGCCCACGGGGUCCCCCAGAGUGUGGGGCCUGGAGCUGUCGCAUGCACCUAGGAGCCCUGCAGCCCGCCCAGGCAAUUUAAAAGGGUUUCGGGCUCCCGACUGCUGCUGCGUGUGUGAAAAUUGAUCAUUAUGAGGAAUUCACGCCAGUUUAUGCCUAGGCAAGGAUCUCUCUUAGUAUCCUGUUUCAGAAGCCAAUA